GCAAAGUAAGUUUCAAAGAAAAUAACUUAUCUUGUUAGGGUAACACUUAUUUUGUACUUAAUUCACACGAUAUCGAAAAUAUUAUACGUAAAACGAAUUAUAGAAUUGAAUACUUUUACCUGUCGGAGCAAAUUCUUCGUCAGGUUGUGAGUUUCUUAUAGUCCGAUAUUACGCAAAUUUUAUUCCUAAUCCCAUGAAAGAUGCGUAUCUAUCAGUUAUUUGCACCACAGGUAAUUACAAGUAACGAGUUUCAUUCGACCAUUAAGCAAAUUAUUUACACACAUAUGCAGAGGAAUUGUCGUUAAUGUUGUUUAAUUUAUCAUUCUCCAUAAUGCCUUAUUGCAUUGGGUGCAAUACGUACACGAGAAAGCAAUAUUGCAUAUAUUCGAGCAAUUAAUAUUUUAAAGCAUACUCAUAAUUACGCUUUGCCGCUACUUUAGUAUAAAGCUGGAGUACUACAGAUAAUUAGGAAAUUAGAUAUCUCUUAUUAGUGUGACCCAUAGCAUUGUGUCAUAUGCUUUAGGUCUGUUAUUAUAUCCAUUGAAAAAUAAAAAGGACAACAUAGCCAAGGCUCUAUACUAAUAUAGUAUUAACUUUAUAGGCAGAAUUGUAUUAUAAUAAAUUAUCAGUUAUUAUAAAACACAAACUAAUGAAUAGAUCAUAUACUGAUACUUGAUUUAUUGGGUCAAGUAUAUAUUAACAUUAUAGGACACCCUGUAAAAAUAACAGAACGAACGAAUGAAAUGGAUAUAACACAGAAACGAUGUUUCAAGAAAAUCUGAGCAUUAAUAGAUGCAUAAAUAAUUGAAUAAAUAGAUGAAUAAAUACAUUAAUUAAUUAAUUAACGCGAUAGGUUGAGAGUGAUUAUUUCGCCAAUAUCAUAUACAAUGAAGGAAAAAAUGUAUUCACAGUAUCAAAAAUCGACAAAAUUGAUACUGCGUAAAUAAUAACAAGUGUUAUGAAAGAUUAGUUAAUGUAUAUUACCGAAUGCUUUAUUCGGAACGAAUCGAUUAAAGUACACAACUAGAUAAACUAUGCAAUUCAAUUGCAAGUAAAGAAAAAAAAAACAUAGAAUUGAAUGAGAAUGAUAAACAUAAAUAUAUUAUAUGUAACGAUGUACCGCGAACAAAUAUAUCUAUCAGUAUUUACACCUAUAAAAAAAAAAUAAUAAUUAUUGACUUAGAUAUUAAGUAUGUAACUCAUAAAAGAUAUGACGUUGUAGCUACUAUUAUAGAAUAGAGUGAUUAUUCAUAAGAGUAUAUGCGAUAGUGUAGUGAUCACUGAUUCACAAACAAUUAUCACUAUACGAAAUAUGUAGAGAGCUAUUAAGGAUCAUGAUAUAGUUAAUAAGAAGGUGGAAUUUACGGAUGAAACUACUGUUGUUUUGUUGAUUGUUUUCAUAGAUUUUAUUGGAUAUCAGUGGCUCGUGGUAGGUAUAAUAAUUUGAAUAGAAAUCAGUAUCGACAGGCGGUGUAUUAAACUUGAUGUCAAAUACUAUCAAGCUCUAAAUUGCUUCUCACGUUCAGAAGCAAAGAUAAUUUUUAGAAAGUGUUGACUGUCUCUCACGUAACGUAUUCUUCAUUAUACUUUUCAAGUUCAUAGAAAAGUAUGGUAUCGGUGUUAUUUAAAAAAUAUCAGCAGCAUAAAAAAUAUUUGUACUUUGAGAGACGUUAACGGAAUUAACAUAAAAAGAACGAGAGUACCAAAUAGUGCAAGCGACAUGGUUGAAAUUAUUCGAUCAAUGCUGAUUGAUGUAUAUAUGGAAAGGGUGCUGAGUUUAAAAUAUAAUUGACAUGAUUCAAGUAUCACUAAAAACUUUUACAGCUGCAUUUUACAUUAUGUUCCUUUUCAUGCGUCUUAAAAAUGUUGAAAUACAGUACUUGGUGGAAUAUUGAAACAAUAACGAGUACUGGUAUUUUUCUAAGUUGCAAAAUAUAAUGGAUUAAACACGUUGCAUUAUCGUUAUUAGAGUGUAUAUCGAUAUUUUUAAUAGGGAAUAAUGUUAUAAUAUUAUACAUAGUUUGCAGUUGUCAGCUACACCCUCGCAUAUACGCUGUAGAAAUGUACGAAAAUUAUUAUAAACUUGUACAGCGUCUAUGCUGCAUUAAUUAUAACAAGACGUAACGAGGAUUGCUUGACGAGUGACAAAUUUGGUGAACAUAAAUUGCUAUAAUAUAUAGCAAAUGAAAUAUAAAUGUGUGGAUAAACGAAAAUAGAAAAAGUUCGUUUUAAAAAGUCACUUCACUGAAACAAUGUCAUAAUAAUAUGCUGCCAUACAUAUAAAUAUAUGUUUAAAAUAAGGAAUAUAUGAGUAAUAUAUUACGAAUAAAUACGUUAUAAGUAAUUGCAUUAUGUUUUUAUUUUCUGUAAACCAGUUCCAUGAAUGCACUCCACCUGUAUGCUGCAUCAUGCCGUAACAUGUGGCAGUGAAAUUCUCUUGCUUAUUCCUGGGAAGCUCCAGCAUGUGACGUGAACAGUUCACUGAAGGUACCGAGCUCCAGUGAAAGUUUGAUAAAAAUUAUGUGAGUGAGAGUUUCCGGAUGUUCAUUAAUAAGGUAUUCAUAAUUUUGCAUCAAAGAGCUGAUUAUGUCGCCUAAUAAUUGAUUACCACAGUUAGCAGUAACUAGUUUGGGUUCACUGAAUGGUUACUUAUUGUCAGAACUCUGUGCAACUGGGUGUGUUCAUCUAGAUUUGGAAAAUUGAAUACACAAGACAUUAAUCAUGGACCACUUUUUACCUGGUUUUAUGACAUAAUAUAUUCAGUAUUGAAUAAGUGUGUUAUACAACAAGUUGUCCACAAGGAAAUCACUGGUCAUCAUCAGUGCUAUUCUCACCACAUUGUAUCAUAGUUGAUUUCAGCAAUAAUCAUGUGUAAGAAGAUUGUGCAGAUAUUUUUAGUCAUCGGUUUGUCUAUCCUUCUCACUCAGGCACAACACUAUCGUGCCAAGAUAAUGAAUAGACGAAACCAUUUGAUGCAACGGAGGAUAAAUCUACAGAACAAAAUCAAACCUCAAGUAUGUUACGAUUUUGUGGGCUGUUUUGCUGAUCCUCCUGCGCAAUUAUCUCUUAAACGACCACCUGAACACCCCGAUAAGAUAAAUACUCAAUUCCUCUUAUACACACGUGAGAACCCACAAGUUCCAAAGUUCCUUGUGUAUGGAGAUGGUUUGCAGUCGAUCAGCAAGUCCACUUACAAUGCUACUAGAAAUACUAAAGCAUUCAUACAUGGGUUCAGAGGAAGUGGUAACGAUGUUGGACUCACUCUUGGGGCAAAGUCAAUUCUAGAAGUGGAAGAUGCAAAUGUUAUAAUCGUAAAUUGGGAAAGGGGUGCGGAAACAUCCUAUGCAACUUCUGUUGCUAAUACAGAAUUAGUUGGACGUCAGCUAGCACUAAUAUUAAUGGACACAUUCAAAUUAGGUAGCAGUCCUAAUAGACUUCAUAUCAUUGGCUUCAGCCUAGGUGCUCAUGUAGCUGGAUGUACAUCAGAGAUGUUGAAGAAGAAGAAUUUACUUGUGGAACGAAUCACAGGCUUAGAUCCGGCGUCACCAUUUUUCAAAAACCAUUUGAUAAGACAACGAUCCAAGAAAUUGGAUAUUUCAGACGCUCGUUUUGUGGAUAUUAUACACACAGAUGGAUCUGAAUCCCUCGUUGAUGGAUUUGGAUUGCUGAAACCAAUGGGUCAUGUUGAUUUUUUUCCCAAUGGUGGGCGUGAACAACCUGGAUGUACUGAUGUAAAAAAUUCUGUGGUUGUCAGCCAUCAAAAUGAUGAAUCAUUGGAUAAAAAUAUAAUAUGCAGUCACUUACGGGCUUGGCAAUUUUUCGUUGAAAGUAUUCAGAGUCAACUCCAAAAAUGUAAGUUUAUAGCAUGGCCUUGCCCUCGAGGUGCAGCUGACUUCUUGAAAGGUAAUUGCUUUCCCCGUGAGACAUCGCUGUCACAAGAAAUGGGAUAUAAAACUAAUUUUGCUGCGCAAGGAACCUUUUACUUAGCCACACGAUCGCAAAAACCAUAUUGUGGUGCUGUUAUCAGAGCUUGCGUCACAACAUCUGCAGAUGCGAACAUGUAUACAUCUGGGAUAUUAUACUUGAGCAUUGAUGUGAACAAUACUUCCACAGAAUUCAGACUUCGAUGCAACCUCAAAGAAAAUACUAGAGCUCAAGUGAACUUCUUUGGCAUAUCAACGGCUAGUUUUGAAGCAUUUACAGGAAAUGUAGCAACACCUGUUAUUCAUGGUUCGAUGUACUAUGAUAGUUUCAUAAUUGAAAACAAAAAUGAAAGCAGCACAGCGAGACCAUUUGAUACUAUUUUGAAAGUUGAUGCUGUUUCUAUUGAGGAUAGAAGAGGAAACAGAUGGGAGUACCAUGGACCAGAUACAAUCGUCAGUGAUCUGGAAACACUGAACAUUAAAUUAUACUCUAGCAAAGAAUAUGGCAAUCUUGAAUAAUCGCACAAGUAUGUAUAUUGAUGUCAUCUACACCCUACUAGGUAAUUCGUCAGUUACUAAUUGUGAGUAAUAUUGAUGAUUGAAUCAAUGUUUUCAGCUGGUCACUACUCAUUGUUCGCGAGAAGUUUAUUUAAAUCAAUCAUUACACUUGUGGUAUUAUAUUAAAAGAUUAUUCCGUAUUUUUUUACUAAUGACUAAUAAUGAUAAUUUGCCUAACCAAUUAGGAGGUAUAAUUUACAAUCCUGAUAUUGUAAAAACAAAAUAUGACAUAUGCAUACGAAUACCUGAAUACGAUAAACAUGAAAAUGUAUUUCUCUUGCGACGCAUGAUAGAAAGAGUAGGCUGCAAUGUAUGAAUUUAAAUGUAUUGAGUAGAUUUCUGGUUAGUUCAAAAAUAGAUUUUAAGAAGAAAAGGAA